AUGGAAUCGAUCACCCCCCUUCCUACCCCAACAUCCACCGCGAUCCGAUCAUCGCUCAUCAUACCCAGCUUCCCUCAGAUCCUGUCCGAGCUCAUCCAGAACUCUCAAGAUGCCGGAGCGAAGAACUUGGAUAUAUCGAUAAGUCUUCUCAAAGGAAAUGAGAGUAUUCGAGUGAGGGAUGAUGGGUGUGGGAUCGGGGAAGAGGGUUUGAGAAAGGUUGGGAAGAGGUUUAGAACUAGCAAGACUCUAAACGAAGCGAAUCUAGGCUCGGUGGGUUCAUACGGAUACCGAGGAGAAGCCUUGUCGUCCAUAUCUUCCUUAUCAUUGCUCAGUAUCACGACCAAAACGACUUCGGCUGACGAAGCAACAACGAAAAUCAUGAAAUCUUCUAAAACUCUAUAUCUCGGCAUCGACCCUUCACGCCAUAUAUCGUCGAGGAGUGGGACAAUAGUGACGGUCAAAGAGAUGUUCCACAAUAUACCUGUUCGAAAGGAAGAGAUGCUCAGGGUUAACGAAGAUACAUUGAUGAGGCAAUGUAAGAAGGUUAUAGAGGUUUUUGCGUUGGCGAGGUAUGGAGUGACUUGGUUGGUAUGGGAUGAUAGAGGGAUGGGCGAUAGGAGGAAAGUUUUGGAUAUCAGAGGAACAAAGUCAAGUGUUCAAGUCUUCCGAGCGUUAUAUGGUAAUGCACUUGUAAAACGAGUGCAAAGUAUCCGCGUGUCAGCUGGAUCAAGACGAGUAGACGGGUUCAUAAGUCUUUCAGGUGAUAUAACCAAGGCUCAUCAACAUCUAUAUAUCAACAAUUACCCCGUCACUCGCUCUGAACUUCAUCUAGCCAUCACCAGGAAAUUCUCAGAUAGCAGAUUCGGUACAUUCGCUUCUGCGGGUCAACACGAUGAGUUGGAAGAUAUCGAUGCUGAGAAACGAAGAUCCCCAAGAAGGCUGGAACGACAUCCCAUAUAUGUCCUGAACGUGACAUUACCUUCGGAAGAAGUGGAUGUGAGCUUUGAACCGGCGAAAGGUGUAUUAGGCUACAAGGACCUUGCCAAGGUGCAAGCACUUCUAUCAGCAGUCGUAGACGAGUACCUCAAAAAAAACGGAUACAACCGCAUCAAGUCGAAAGAUAUUCCUAGCAGCCCUACGAAAGGUAGUUCAAACAAGGCAAUAGCACCUACGACGAUGUUACAUGGGCGAUCACCUUUGAGUAAAAAUGUCACCCCUCGUCAUAAUUCACAACAGGGAUGGGACAUGAUUAGACCAACCACACUGUCUUUCUCAGCUCUAACACCGACUGCCGCUCCCACUCAUCAGCAAAAUGAACAAGAUCAACAAGUGGCCCAUACAUCUGCUUCGGUACCUCCCACACCACCCAUUACACCUUUCGAUCAGCUCUUAGCUACAAGAAGACAAAUUUCAACUGAUGUCGAAGGCUGGUCGCCUCGUAUAGCUGAGAAACCAAGUCAGGCAUGUCAGUGGAUAGUUGAUCUGGAGAAUAGAAUCGACGGUAGCGUAUUACCCUUUACCAGGCCAUCCACAAACAGGAAGAGAUCGUUUGAAGCUAUGCAAUCUGACGAAAUAUGUUCAAAUCACCAACUCUCACAUGAACACAAAGAAUGCGAUUCACUAGCAGCCAGACCUAUCACACUGGAACCUCCCAGUAACAAACUUAAAGUGGAUAUCCAACUUUGCAAAUCGUCUUUAGACUAUGCCCAUGUGGUCGGCCAGGUAGAUAAGAAGUUCAUUGCGAUUACUAUCAACCCACCUAUUUCGACAGGCUCGCAGGGAGAUAAAGCGGUGGUAUUGGUAGAUCAACAUGCAGCCGACGAGAGAAUAUCAGUCGAGAAUCUCUUGGCUUCCCUUUGUUUGGGAUUCAGGAAACAUAAUAUGGCGAUAAUGAAAUUGACUAAAAAUACGCCUCAGAUCAUUCUUACCACUCAAGAAACGACAUACCUACUUCGACCUGGUGUCAUGGAGUUGGUCAGAAGAUGGGGUAUACACCUUACUGUACCGCCAUUAGAAAGGUUGGAAGGUGAUUAUGUUCAGGUUCAAGUUGAUGCUGUGCCUAGCCUGUUGGUCGGUAGACUGGGCAAGAAAGAGGGUGUCGAGAUGAGUAGGUUGGUCAGAGGUUAUUUACCUGUUCUGAAUGAUGGUCUCGGUGAGAUCAAAGCUUUGAUUGGAUCAUACGAAAAUUCACCGGAUGACAUAAAGGAAGAGAGGGCUAAUUGGGGAAAAGAAAUGAGAUUCAUGCCUAGGGAGAUGUUGGAGUUGGCUAAUUCAAAGGCUUGUCGAGGCGCAAUCAUGUUUCAAGAUUUCCUCGAUCUUGAUCAGCAAUCCCGACUAAUCGCUCAAUUGGGUCAAACAAGAUUCCCGUUCAUGUGCGCUCACGGCAGACCCAGUAUGAUACCUCUGGUAGCAUUACAGAGCCCAUCGCACACGGGAAGGGUUAAAGAGAUCGGAAAGGUAUGGAAGAGGGAGAUAGAUUGGAAAGGAUGGAAGGCGAAACGGAACUAG